CCACGAUCGAUGUCACUACUCAGUGAGUACUUGCUGAAAUACGAGCAUGUUGUGGUCACGCUGCAAGUGUGGGUCAAGGGAGCAUUCUCGGCCUGAGUAGUGCCUGAACCCACGCGUGUCGCACUGCACAGCUGCUCGGACCACUCGGACGCUGGCUGCCGAGAUUUGCAAGAGCUUCUUCUCUAGAUGGCUUCUGUGCACGGCCGCCGAAGACAGCGAGGACAGCAAGCUAAUCGAUUGGCUCCAAAAGCUGACGAGGAGCGGCAAUGGAAGGAAGAAACGAUUGCGGCUGCCCAGGCGCAACCGUGGAGACCAUCAUGGGAGCGAAAGGCUUUCGAGUCAACCAACAACAGCUCCAGCACUGUCGAUAGAUGCAUAGUGAAGCCAUGGAGACCUUCGUGGGAGAAAGACAGGCCGGCAGACUCGGACCCCAACAGGGCAGACCGCUGGCAACCUUCCGCGGUGGCAGAUCUUCGAAGAACUCUUGGCAGGAGGAUAUGGGCAUCCAAGCAGGUUUCAGAUAUGAAGCAGCAGCUGAAGAACAAACACGUAGUGCAGUGCGAAGACGACACUGACGCACUGUCGCAGUCUGAUGCGAAGACUUCAGCGACGACAUCUUUGCACUCAGAGGCCGUGGGAGAUAUGUUGAGCCAUGACGACCUCCACAGCGAGCAGAGCUACUCUGAGACUGCCCAGACAGCCCAGGAAAGUCUUCAUGACAUCCUACUUAAACUGAAAGAGGACUGUGAGCGACUUUCGCAUGAACGGGAAUGGCUGUUUAAGGCGGUGAGGAAUGCCGCAGCUGAAGCGCUUGGCCAAAACUUCGAACGCAUGUCUUUGGUGGGUAGUGUGGCUUUGAAAAUCGACAUUCCAGCUUCUGAUGUGGAUGCGGUUGCCUUCACGAAAAAGCCUAUGGACAGUGUCCAAGCACUUCAAGCCACUGCUUCGAUCCUACGCAACCAGGUUUCGACCGCCAACAGUGCCGUUUGCUUGGACAUGUCGGUGAAUCAGAAGUUGCCUGCUGCUCAUGCCAAAUGGGUGGGAGGAUUGAAGGUCUUCCAGAGAGAGCACGCGCGAGACUUCUUGAGGUGUGUGAAGUACUGGCAUUCUCAGCGCCAGAUACCUGGCACCAAAGAAGGUGGCUAUCCAGCUUUAGCUUGGCUGUUUUUAGCCUUGCAUGUGCUUGCUUUGCAUGACACACAGCCAGAUCCGGCAGUUGAAGCCGGCAGCCAGAGAGUUGUGAAGCUGCUCCGAGAGUUCUUCGCACUCUUUAGCAGUGGUUCCCAUGAUGACCUUCGUUUUGGUGGUUCGUGGUGUUCUCCUCCCAUCUCUCAGAUGGAGACCUUUUGGCAAUUUCCUUCAAUACAGGAUCCAGUUACUGCAGACCCACUUGACAAAGGUGUUCAGCGCUUAACCCAUGAAAUACCAGCAGCAACGCAGUUGCUUUAUGCUGCCGAGUUCCGGCGGGCCCAGAUGCUGCUUGCCGAGGAGGUCGGGUCCUCCAUUACAUCCUUAUUCGAACCGCGCGAGCAGCCAACGUCGCUGCCAGUGGCUUGCAACCGUGGCAAUGUCUUCGUGAUCAUGAAGGCCAGAAAACUUUGGGUGGUGGAGCCGUUGGCGGUCCGGUUGCGUGCAGGCUGGACAGCGCCGUUCCUUCACAGAUGUGACUCUGUAAGCAAGGUGCAAGCCCAGAUCUUGGGCGUCGAUGGCUUGGGGGAAUUAACCCCAUUUCCAGAGAUGCGAGGGAUCAUUGAUUUUUUUCCAUCGGACUUUGUGGCUGCCAUUUCUGUGCGCUGCUGCGCUGGUGUGCGAUGCUUGGCCGCCGGUGACCUUCAACUUUGGCAGGAUAUGCAUCUCUUGCUUCAAGCCGAGUCACCUGCUCCACGAAGUGCCGUGGACUCUCGAAGUAGACACUCGUUCAACCCGAAACAUGGUAAAGGUCAAGGGGCUGUGACGGCUCAAAGCCCCAAAGGAAAGCUGUGAUCCCGUAGCACAUGAGGCAGGUUGGUACUGUAAAGUGGCAGGGCGAGGCAAAAAAUAUAUACCA